AGAAAUAAUAAUACAGAUACUAAUGUGUGAGCAUUUGAUUUUGUCCCAAGUUGUACCCCAUCUCUCAUCAAUCAUCAUCCUUCAUAUCACUUUCGCCACCUUCCCACUCUCCAUUUGAUUCCCUUCAACCACCGCGUGGAGUUUCAGAGAACAGAAAACACAGCCCUUCUUCACUAUUCCCCUCAAUUUCCAAAAUCUCUGUUUUUUCUCUGAUCCUCUUACAUCAAGAUCUCGACAUUUGGGCUUGGCCAACUAAUAUUGGAAAUGGUUAAAAGCUAUGGAGUGCUUUGAUUUUGCGCUGCAAGAGAUAUCAUGUUGCAGUGCAUAGAGGGGUUUAAGCAUUUGUUUGCUCCUCUAUUGCGAUGUUGUGACCUUGAUUUAUAUAAGCAGACAACUGGUCUUGAAGAUCCCGAAAUCCUUGCGAGGGAGACCGUUUUCAGUGUAAGUGAAAUUGAAGCACUUUACGAGCUCUUUAAAAAGAUCAGUAGUGCUGUGAUUGACGAUGGACUGAUCAACAAGGAAGAGUUUCAAUUAGCAUUAUUCAAGACAAAUAAGAAAGAAAGUUUGUUUGCUGAUCGGGUAUUUGAUUUGUUUGAUACAAAGCAUAAUGGGAUACUUGGUUUCGAAGAGUUUGCUCGUGCUCUCUCCGUUUUCCAUCCAAACGCCCCAAUGGAUAAAAAGAUCGAGUUUUCCUUUCAAUUGUAUGAUCUCAAGCAGCAGGGUUUUAUUGAAAGACAAGAGGUGAAGCAAAUGGUGGUUGCUACACUUGCUGAAUCUGGCAUGAACCUAUCAGAUGAUGUUAUAGAGAGUAUAAUCGAUAAGACUUUUGAGGAAGCAGAUACGAAGCAUGACGGAAAGAUUGAUAAAGAAGAAUGGAGAAACCUUGUUUUGCGCCAUCCGUCACUUCUCAAGAACAUGACCCUUCAAUAUCUAAGGGACAUCACCACAACAUUCCCAAGCUUUGUAUUCCAUUCACAAGUAGACGAUACUUGAAGCCUAAGUAAUAUUUACUUGAUUAUGUUGCAUAUGUAAAAAGAGAUAUUGCAGAGAGAGAUUUAAUUUUAUUGUCAUGCAUUAGUUGGCUACUUUUCUUGCAUGAACAUGUUUGGUGUUGUGGUUAAGCCUUCAAGAAUUUCAUUCGAUUUAUUGCUUGAAAAAAAAUUCAAAUAUCCUUCCUAUUUUGUGUUA